AUGACAAACACUAUAGAUGAUAUACAUUUGGAUCUUACACUUAAUUAUUGUCAACAAAUAACCAAACAGUUACUUGAACUUGCUCAUAAAUUUGCUAGAAAAUCACGACGACCAUCAACACAACUAACAUGUAUAGAUUUAAUUAAUGCUUUUGAAUUUUAUUUAACUAUGACUACGAAAAAAAUAGUUUAUUAUAUGCGACAUUUUGAAGCACUUCAUAAUAUUGAACCUUAUAAUUUUAAACUUCCUGAUCCUGAAUUAAGUCCUGUUGGUCAAACUCAAGCUAAAACUGCUAUUGAAAUAAUAAAAAAUAUUCCAUCAAUAGAUUUGAUUGUCUGUUCACCAUUAACACGUACACUUCAAACGUAUUUACUUGUUUUUAAUGAUCGACAAACGGUGCCAUUAAUCAUUCACCCUGAUUUACAAGAAGUAUGUACUGAACCAUGUGAUAUGGGUAGUCCAUUAAAUGAUUUAAAAACAAAAUUUCCAAAUCUUUCGAAUGAAUUCAAUACAUUUGAACAAACAUUUGGUGAUAUUGAAUGGCUUAAUAAAAUUCAUCCCGAGAAUAUUUAUUCACCAGAACAAAUUGAACAACGAUCAAAACGUUUUCUUGAUUGGCUUAUGAAUCGAUCUGAAAAACAUAUUUUUGUUAUUUCUCAUAAUUUGAUGUUACAAAAACUUCUUCAAAAUGAUAAUAAACAAAAAAUUGAAUUUAAAAAUGGUGAAAUUAAAACAAUUGAAUACUAA